ACACAAAACUUGAGACAGAUAAAAUCGGGCUAUGGAAAGAGAAAGAGAAAGAGAAAGAGAGAGAGAGAGAGAGAGAAAGAUAGAGAGAUGGAAAGAGAGAGAGAUAGCAGAGCACCGAAAUCGGGCUAUGGGUGAAUAUUAUUCUGUCUUGGAGAAACUGAGAAAGGAACUGAGAAAGAGAUUCGGGAGGAGGAUGGGUGAAAAUUGUUCUGUCUUGGAGAAACUGGGAGAGAGAUUCGAGAGGGAGAUGGGUGUAAUUUAUUCUGUCUUGGAGAAACAGAGAGAGAUCGAGAGGGAGAUGGGUGAAAAUUAUUCUGUCUUGGAGAAACUGAAUCAUCUAAUGAUCAGUAAGGCCUGCAAUUUGACCGCAGAUCAGAUUGAUCAUAUCGACUCUUUUUACUAUCGGCUAACAUUCCUAGCAACCAUUCUCAAGGAUUUGGAAGAGAAGCAGCAGCAGCAUGAGCUGAACUAUGAAGCUAAAAACCUGCCGAUGCAAAUUUAUUAUGUGAUCUGCAAGACAAGACAACUCAUCCGUUUUUUCGAUGUUCAAGUUCCAGGGCAGAGGGACUGCAACAACAACGGUGACAGUUUUUUUGAUAUUUUAAUUGGCACAAAUAUCAUUGAAGAGAUUAAGCCGAUCGAGGCAAAAGUGGUGCAGUUUUAUGACCAGAUAAAUCAGAUCCAACUCCUACAAGAUUUCAAUGAUGGAGUCCCGUCAAUGUCUAUGUCAAUGGAGAACAGAACCAUGGUACAUGAAGAAAUUACAGUGGGCUUUGAUGAUGAGGCGUUGACUAUAAAAGAGCUACUUGCUGGAGGGAAGAAGCAGCUACAAAUGAUAUCAAUUGUUGGGAUGCCUGGACUCGGUAAGACAACUUUAGCCACAAAACUGUACAAUGAUCCUUACAUCACACACUACUUUCAUAUUCGUGCAUGGACCUAUGCUUCUCAAUUAUCCAGACAAACAGAUAUGUUGUUGGACAUUUUACGUUCUCUUAAUGUCGUCUUUACCGAUGAAAUUGAAAACAUGACCAAUGAGAAACUAGGUGAAAAGUUGUACAAGCAAUUAAAAGGCAAGAGAUAUCUCAUUGUCAUUGAUGAUUUAUGGGAUAUUGGUGCCUGGGUUGAUCUUAAAAUGUAUUUUCCCAAUGACAACAAUGGAAGUAGAGUUAUGUUCACUAGUCGCCUCAAAGAGUUGUCUAUGCAUGCCUCACCUGAUUGCCAUCCUCAUUGUCUGCGUUUUCUCACUGAAGAAGAGAGUUGGGAGUUAUUACAACGGAAGGUGUUUCAAAAUGAAAGUUGCCCUCCAGAACUGAUUGAAAUUGGGAAGCAAAUAAUGAAAAAAUGUGAAGGGCUUCCACUUGCAAUUGUUAUAAUAGCAGGACUUCUUGCAAAGAACAUCAAGACACUAGAGUCGUGGAAACAAGUUGCCCAAAGUGUAAGCUCAUACGUUGUUAGUGAUCCAAACCAGUACUUGGACACACUAGCACUGAGUUACAAUCACUUGCCUCGCCACUUGAAACCAUGCUUUCUCUAUUUAGGAGCAUUUCCAAGAGACCAAGAAAUCCCAGUGCAGAAGUUAAUUUGUUUGUGGGUAGCUGAGGGGUUUAUACAAAAAAUUGGGCAAAGAAGCGUCGAGGAAGUAGCAGAGGGUUACUUAAUGGAUCUGUUUCAGAGAAGCCUGGUAAUUGUUGCUCAAAAAAGGUUUGAUGGUCGAAUUAAAGCAUGUCGUAUGCAUGAUUUGUUGCGUGAUUUAUGCUUGAAGAAAGCCGGGGAAAUUAAUUUCCUACAGUGGACUCACAAUUAUAAAGACGCUUCUCCUUCUUCUUCAAGUAAUUACGACCAACACCGCCUGUGCAUCCCUUCUUACUUGGGACCAAGAUUUGAUCAUAUUUUCUUACAAUCUUAUUCCCCAACAGUUCUUCAAUCAUUAUUGUGCUUCAGACGUGUGUUUGAGAGAAUAAUUCGUUACGAUUACAAUCUGUUCAGUGAUAUGUGCUCGUUUAUAUGUUGGACCUUCAAACUUCUUAGAGUGUUGGAAAUAUGCUAUAACAAUGCCUUCUUUCCAAGAGAAUUAACACGACUUGUUAAUUUGAGGUAUUUGGCAAUUAAUUUGAAAUAUUCCUGUGAAUUACCGCCAUCAAUAUCCAAUCUCUCAAACCUAGAAACACUUAUUAUUAUUUGUACACAAUGGAGAAAGGUUAUUCUGGCAUGUAAUGUUUGGAAGAUUCCAAAGUUGAGGCAUCUUUAUGCUAAAGGAGGAGCAAAAUAUGAUGUGUCUUUAUGUUCUAAAGAAGCAGUCAUGGAUCACAACCAUCCCUCUAUAUUUGAAAACCUACGAACCAUCGCAAAAUUAAACCCUUAUGGAUCUAUUCAUGAUUUAUUGGCAAGAACUCCUUUUCUUACAAAGCUGGGAAUUUGUGGACGUCUGUUGUUAGAUUCAGGGAAUUUCAUGUUUCCUAAUCUAGAAUGUUUAAGACACCUUGAGACUUUGAAGCUACAGAAUGAGUUGUUGUAUCCAACCAAUUUCCGAGAGUUCAAGUUUCCUACAAAUGUUAAAAGGCUUACCUUGAAACGUACAGGAAUAGAGUGGGAGGAGAUAUCAGUCCUUGGGAUGUUGUUACCCAACCUUGAGCUUCUCAAAUUAGAACAUGAUGCUGCCUUGGGAUGGCAAUGGGCAACUGAUGGUGGGUUUCCUCGACUCAAAUUCUUGAAACUGAAGAACCUCAAUGUUAAGCAAUGGAUCACCUGCUCUAGUCACUUUCCAAGCCUUCAACACUUAUCUUUGGAACGGUGUCAAUAUCUCAAGGAAAUACCAUCUAGUUUUGGGGAUAUACUCACUCUGCAGCUGAUUGAGGUAAACUUUUGUCAUUUCUCUGUUGAGGAAUCUGUCAGGAAAAUUAAGGAAGAGCAAGAGAGCAUUGGAAAUAAUUGGUUGAAAGUGCUGAUUAGAAAACAUCCCUGAGCCCUUUGAGUCAAAGUGUAAUGAUACAACUUCUGCAAGGUUUGUCGGCCAUGUUCAAAGAUACUUGGGGUUGCCUUUGCAUAUGGGUGGGUCCACGAUGGAACUUUUUAAUUUGUCGCGGAUGGGGUUAAACAGAGACAUGCAGGAUAGACAGAGAAAUGUUUAUCUUUGGCAAGGCAGGUGUUACUUGAGUCGGUCGUGUACACUUUUUACCCGAACUUUGCAAUGUUGUGCUAUAAACUACCUGAUAUCAUUGUGGGCUUACCUAUCUCAAUUACGAAAAUGUUGUGCAAUAUACUACCUGAUAUCAUUGUGAGCCUAUCUAUCUCAAUUAUGAAUGCAACAGACGAUUGGACUUGGCAGUUCUCAGUGAAAAGUGAGUAUAAUAUUGGUUUCCUCCUUCUGCUUCCGCCGCCACCGGCCCGCCUUAGAGGAGAAGAUUAGCAAAGCAGGAAAAGAGGGAGGGGGAGCAGCAUCUUGUUCUCUUCGCGAGAACUUCUAGAUCGGAGGGGCCAAUGGUGUUGAUCUACUCCUAGAUAAGCGGUCGGGCCUGACUGCGUUCAUUGAGCUCUGAUUCCGACAAUCAAAGUUCCUGUAAAAAUUCUGAUAUUUUUGUGGAUAUGUUGUCUUUGAU